AUCACAACCAGGCCAGGCUUCCUGGUCGAACAAAAAACAUUUAUGAGUAGUUUCGUCUUUCAGCGGAGUGCGUCUCGUCUUUCGGGUCAUAACACCAGGGGUGUGUACUAUUUAUACCUGUUUUCAAAACUCUCAAAAAGCUAAGAAUUUGUCUAGUAAAGCUUUGGUAUAGGGACGAUUGUGAAGGGCCACACGAACUCCCAACAGUGAAAACGAAAUCGUGGAGACAUUACAAGAUGGCGGCGAUUAAGGCCGCUCUCCCAGUCGUCGCCUUGUUGUGUAUAGCUGUGUGUGCUUUAGCCUCUGUCCACGAAAGGUUUGGAGAGCAACCGAAGCCGUUGUCAUUCUCUCAAGACAAAGAUCUUGAUCAUAAGAUCGACAAAAGGGAUGUAUGGUCACGGUACAAUUACAUCUCACUCAACAGGCGGAAGCGAUCCUUGGUUGUGGAUUCGAACCUUGCUAAUGUGAGUUACUUAGAUAUUCCGCUUUCGUCUCUCGUGGUUCAUUCUCGGCAGAGGCGAGCAGUGACGGACAUUCCAGAAGUCAGCGUUCAAUUCAGCGAAAACCAGGCUGGUCAGGUGCUGUCGUUUGCUAACUACGUGCCUCGGAAUGUAUCGAGGACGUACAUGCUCAUGUCCUCAUCCGUAGACAGCACCUUGUUUACCCUGUCCAGCACGGGAACACUCAACUGGAUAUCAGCAAAUUCUCUGGAUUAUGAGACAACGAAGACCGUCACAAUAGUUGUUAACGCUACGAGCACUGUUGACCAAGCGGAUGUUUACGUCAUCCUUACCCGAAUCAACGUCACGGAUGUCAACGAACCGGCGGUCUUCAUCACCAAACCCCAGCCAUACCAGGCCACCCUUACGACCAUCGCUCCCCAGGACACUCUGGUCAUCUCACUCCAGGCCCAGGACCCUGAUGCUGGAGCUUCUGUUGGGUACAGCCUGACUUCAGUGAACCCGAGCAACCUCAGAAGUCGGUUCACUCUGAUCGAGGUCGGCACUAGUGGAGCUCGCUCUUGUGAGAUUCGCACUGUGGGUAGCGCCCAGUUCCCGCAGGGUCAAGAGAUAACCAUCACCGUCACGGCUAAGGAUAACAAUGACGCCACGGCCAGCCCCACAACCACGACGGUCAGCGUGUUGGUAGGAUUUCGCUCCCCGCAGUUCAUGGAGAUUCUUUACGAGGGCUACGCACAAGAAAACAACCAACCGCUACAGAUGGUAUACACCCAACCAGACGGCAAUGUGCCGCUUAAAAUAGAGACCAAAUUGUUCCAGCCGUCACCAGUUACCUACAGCUUGCUCAACUCCAACGGCCAACCCUCCUCCGACUUCACGGUUGACAGUGAUGGAGUCGUCAAAAGUCUCCAAACGAUAGACUAUGAGACAGCCCCGUCUCCACAAGUACAGCUGACUUUGAGGGCUGUGCAAGUUGUGGGGACUACUACUUUCCCCAGCACGGCUACAGUGUUGAUCAGGCUUGUAGAUAUAAAUGACAACAGCCCUGAGUUUGAAAUGUCUCGAUACUUGGCCACAGUACCGGAGGACACAGCUGUAGGCACUUCUAUACUAGAAGUAAAGGCCACCGACCGAGACUCGGGUACCAACGCCAUGAUCACCUACAACCUUAGGGAUACCCAGGACUUCUCCAUCACGACUGUGACAAGGAACGGCUCCUAUGUAGGAAUCAUGUCGGUCAAACAGCGCCUUGACUACGACAGAACGCCCAACCAUUAUUAUGACUUCGUUGUGGUGGCUGCUGAUCAAGGGAAGCCAACAUCCAGAACGAGCACCACCAGCGCGCGGGUGUUUGUUCGAAACACUAAUGACGAGGCGCCCAUGUUCACCAAUGAACCCGGCAAGACGUUCACUGUGGCGCAGGGACUUCCGGUCAAUUCGGUGAUCGCGCAGAUUCAGGCCACCGACCUCGACGGAGACAGGGUCCGCUACUCUUUCACAGUGCCCCAGAGCAAGUUCAGUCUGGCACAAGACACUGGGAUUAUCACGCUGCAGUCAGCGUUCACACAGGACGACUACGAGUUUGUGCUGAACAUUACGGCCAGGGAUGACGGCUCGUGCUGUGGUGGUGUCACCUCACUAAGCAACACGACGUAUAUAGUUAUUCAAGUGAUGGGCACCAAUAACAACAAGCCCACCUUCACCAACUGCUCAGCCUACGAUUUGUCUAACGUCUUUGAAGAAUCUCCGAACAACUCUUUUGUCAUACAGGUUUCUGCUACGGACCAGACAGAGGCCUUAACGGUAGACUGAUCUACACUCUCGUCCGCCCUGAACAAUACCUGAAAAUCGUACCCACCAACGGAACUAUUUAUGUGUCAGGGAGAAUCGACAGAGAGGCGUCUAACAUGGAGAAGUAUAUUCAGGUGACUGUUUAUGCUGAGGAUGGUGGGAAUCCUUCCUUGCAAGGCUGGUGUGCAUUCAGACUCCAAGUGCAGGACAUCAACGACAACGCGCCAAAGUUUGACAAAACCCAGUAUAUUUCCAACAUAACCAUUGACACCAGG